CACCCACUCUCCCCAAGAACCCAUCCCCCGAAUCAUCAACUCUGGCAUUCCUUUUUCGUGCCACCUCAUCUGCCAUGGCGAUCCUAUCCAUCUUGUCGGGGCAGCUUCUGCCGCUCGUUUGCGGCCUCUUGGGCCUGUAUAUCGUCAGGGCGAUUGUGAUCUAUGCCAAACUGAGGCAAUUCGGAGGGCCGUUGUUGGCCAGCUUCACGGACUGGCCACACAGCAAGGCCAUGCUCCGGAACAACUGCCACGAGUGGUAUGGAGAGGUCAACAGGAAAUAUGGUCCGAUUGCUCGGGUGGCGCCGAAGAUCCUGAUUACGUCUUCUCCCGAAAUUUGGGCGCAUGUAAACAACAAACCGGGCUACAAGCGCUCGGAUUGGUACUACCAUGCCGUCCGGAUCGAGUACCGGAAGGACAAUGUCUUCAGUGAGACGGACAACGAAAAGCACGACCGGAGGAGGAAGCAGAUGGCGCCUGGGUAUUCCGGAAGGGAAAAUCUCGACCUCGAGAAGUCCAUUGACGAACGUCUCCAAGAUUUCCUCGACCUCAUCCGGACCAAGUACGUCUCGUCCGACAGCCGGGUCGUGCCAGUCGACCUGGGGAAGAAGGUCCAGUACUUCACCCUCGACGUCAUCAGCGGCGUCGGCCUGGGGAAAACGUUCGGCAUGCUGCGGAGCGACUCCGACGUGGACGACUACAUCAAAUCAAGCGAGGAGGGUCUCGUAAUCAUCAACCUUGCCCUAGCCCUGGGUUUCAGCUGGCUCGCCCAGGCGCCCUUCAUCGGCCGCUUCGUCGCCCCCUCGCCGACGGACAACAACGGCCUCGGCAAGAUGAUGGCGACCUGUUUCCGCUACGUCGACGAGCGCACCGCCAACCCAACAUCCAAGCAGUCCGACAUGCUGGCCUCCUUCAUGCGCCACGGCCUGAACGGCGCCGAGCUGCGGACCGAGGCCCUCGAGCAGAUCAUCGCCGGCUCCGACACCACCGCCGGCGCCAUCCGCGGCACGCUGCUGCACAUCAUGACGAACCCCCGCGUCUACCGCAAGCUGCAGCGCGAGGUCGACUCGGCCGCGCGCGCCGGAAACGCCCCGCUGCCGGGCGAGGGCCUCAUCGCCUCCGCCCAGGCGAAGCAGCUUCCGUACCUGCAGGCCGUGAUCCGCGAGGCCCUGCGGAUCUGGCCGCCCGUGGUGAACAUCUUCCCGCGCGACGUGCCGGCUGGCGGGGACACGGUCGUCGUGGACGGGGAGAGCGUGUUCCUGCCGGGUGGCGUGUGUAUCGGGUACUCGGCGUACGCGAUGCACCGGAGCGAGGACAUCUACGGGAUGGACGCGGAUGCUUUCCGGCCCGAGCGGUGGUUCGAGUCGGAUCCUGCCAAGUUGGCUCGGAUGGUUCGGACGAACGACCUCACUUUUGGUCACGGCAAGUUCCAGUGCUUGGGGAAGCCUGUUGCUCAGAUUGAGAUUGGAAAAACCAUCUUCGAGCUGAUGCGCAACUUCGACCUGGCGCUGAUCAACCCGACGCGUCCCUGGAAGGCACGGAACUACCUUGGGCUUUUCGCGAUUUCGGAUAUGUGGGUGCAGGUAAUGGAUCGAACGUCUUGAUUUCGACACCCAAGCAAGCGUUGUUUCUACGAGUUGCGUGAACCAUUUUUCAUAUCAAGUUUGGAAUUCUCCUUCAUCUCCUAUAUCCCCAAGGUCGCUCCUUAGCAGUAGAAUGGGGGCCCAGAUUGGCACUCGGUGGACUAUUUACUGCAGCGUAGCGUAGGCUAAGCCGUAUGGCCAAGUACAACAGAGGCAAUAGUGAGGUGCUUCGCAAAAACCCUCCUCUUGUCCACUCCACAAUUUGUGUCUAGUUCCCGUGAACAAAAUACAAGAUAGACG